UGACUUUAUCAUAUAAAAUCAGGAGUAUAUAAAUCUCUAUAUAUAUAGAAUCAGUUUGUUGGUUACAAAAACAUGUUUCCAGCUUAUGCUUACUUGUCAGCAUAUGACAGGCACAAGAAACUUAUAAAUGAUUAUUUGACAUUACACGGGGGUUCGGUGUCAACCUUAAAACGGGACACGUCCCGAGAUAAGACGGACUAUGACGUUAUUAAAGAAAACCACAGAUUUCUAUGGGAUGAGGAUAACGAUGAACCAGAUACAUGGGGUGCUAAGUUGGCAAAAAAGUAUUACGAUAAAUUGUUUAAGGAAUAUUGUAUAGCUGAUUUAACAUAUUAUAAACAGAACAAGGUUGCCUUAAGAUGGAGAACAGAAAAGGAAGUUAUCAUUGGGAAAGGACAGUUUGAAUGUGGAAAUAAAAAAUGUAAAGAAAGAGAAGGGCUUAAAUCUUGGGAGGUAAAUUUUGGCUAUAUAGAGCACGACGAAAAAAAGAAUGCUCUUGUGAAGUUAAGAUUAUGUCCUGAGUGUUCAAUUAAAUUAAAUUAUCGUUCGCAAAAACGUGAAAUAAAAAGACAUAAGACAUUGAAGAGAUUAGGAACAAAUUCUGAUAUCCAUAUAAGUACAUCCAGUACACCUAGUACAUCCACAGUGACUGUUAAAACUGAAGAUGAAAUAGCUGUAGAUAAUGUAACUGAAGCUAUGGAACAAACGGAUAAAGAUGAAUCUAAUAUUUGGAAAGAGAAACCUGCUGAUAAUUUGGAAAAAACAAGGGAAGAAGAGUUUGAAGAAUAUUUAGCAGAUCUGCUAAUGUAAAUGGAAUAAAAUUUUGUUUAUAAAACAUUAUAAUAUCAAAAAA